GCCAUCAGACUUCUGAAGGGGCUUAAUGUCUGCUGUAGUUAUUAACUUUUCUCCGGUCUCCAACAAAUUUACUGUUGCUCUAUGUGUACUGAAUCAGUGGGCGCUUGACUUUAGUGGAAAUACUAGACGUGUAAUCGAAAGUAUUAAAACUGCUAAACGCUUGGGGGCUAAGUAUAGAGUUGGCCCAGAACUAGAGGUCUCAAGCUACGGAUGCGAAGAUCAUUUUCAUGAAUUGGAUACCUAUACUCAUUCAUGGCAAUGCAUUGCAAAAAUAUUGAGUGAAACAAAUGAAAAUGUUGAAAUGCAAGAUAUUGUUUGUGAUAUUGGAAUGCCAGUUUUACUGAGAGGUGUGGCUUAUAACUGCAGAAUUCUUUUGUUAAAUGGGACUAUUCUAUUGAUACGACCGAAAUUAGUCCUCGCAGAUGAAGGUUUGCACAGAGAGUCUCGUUGGUUUACGCCUUGGCCUCAUCACCAGAGAAUCAUUGACUUUGAGUUGCCCGAAAUAGUCCAAAAAGUAACCAAGAAUUCUCAGUCAGUAGCAGCUUUUGGUGAUGCUAUUUUACGAUUUUCUGGAAAUGGCUAUUCUGAAUGUGUGCAGAUAGGCUUGGAAACAUGUGAAGAGCUUUGGACGGGAACACCACCUCAUAUUGAUAUGUAUGCGGCUGGUGUGGAUGCUGUGCUCAAUUCCAGUGCCAGUCACCAUGAACUGAGAAAACUAAGUAGAAGAAUAGAACUAGUGAAAUCUGCCAGCACAACGAAUGGUGGUGGAUUCUAUGCGUAUACAAAUCUUAGAGGAUGCGAUUCUGGGAGAGCUUGUUACGACGGUUGUGCAUUAGCCGCAGUUUCCGGUCAGCUAAUUUGUCUGAGCCCACAGUUUGGAUUUGGGGAUGUCUCUGUUGAAACUGUCACUGUUUGUCUGAAUUCACUGAGAUCAAAGCGAAUUGCCAGUCGUUGUUUUGGGCGUGCGGCUGCAGCUAGUGCAGCUGCGAAAUCCGAUGCAUUUGGCAUUACACACAGUUGUUAUCCAGUUGUUAAGGUUGAUUUCAAUCUUUGCCAUAUUGACCAUUGGCCUGAUCAGUCCUUACAGCCUCACGUUGAUACUCAUAUUCCCUCACCUCCAGAAGAGAUUUCUUAUGGUCCUGCAUUAUGGUUAUGGGACAAUUUACGCCGAAGCAAGUCUUCAGGAUUUUUUCUUUGCCUGAGUGGAGGUUUGGACAGUGCAGCAGUUGCGUGUAUUGUGUUCAGUCUUUGUAAUCAAAUUUUUCAAGCUAUAAGACAAGGUAAUAUGUCCGUUACGCACGAUUUACGAACUCUAUUGAAUGAGUCGGAUAAAUAUAUCCCUGAUAGUGGUCGUCAAUUAUGUUCUCGUCUACUAACAACUUGUUUUAUGUCAAGUGAGAACAGUUCUGCGCUUACAAGAUCACGUGCUAAUCGCUUAGCUAAGCUUUUAGGUUCAAAUCAUUUAGAAUCCGAUAUUACACCACUGGUAAAAGAAUUUGUCCAUAUGGCUUCCAAGACUUUGAAUCUUGCUCAACCACCUCGUUUCACUGUUCAUGGCGGUUCAAGUAAAGAGAGUUUAGCUCUUCAAAAUAUACAAGCUAGAAGUCGUAUGGUUUCAGCAUAUUUACUGGCUCAGUUAAUACCAUGGAAAUGGAAUUUGCCGUCAGGUCUGUUAGUUUUAAGUAGUGCAAAUCUAGAUGAAGGACUAAGAGGUUAUUUAACAAAGUAUGACUGUUCUAGUGCAGACUUAAAUCCUAUUGGAAGUAUCAGUAAGUCAGAUUUACGAUUGUUUAUUGCUUACUGUGCUCAAACGUUCCCAAGUUAUAUGGAUUCUGGAAGUGGAGUUGAACUUUCGGAAGUAUUGUUAGAAAUCUUAUCUGCUCACCCAACAGCUGAACUAAUGCCACUUCAAUCUAACGGUGAAAUUAGUCAGACAGAUGAAUGUGAAAUGGGAUUGACCUAUGACGAAUUAUCAUUAUUUGGUAGACUUAGAAAAAUAUCCAACUGCGGACCUUACAGUAUGUUAGAAUCAUUAUUGGACGGUAGUUGGUUACUGAUUAAGAAGGUUAUGCCUGAUAGUUGUUUUCAAAAAGAUGGGAAACCUGGUGCUGAACUUGCUCAAUAUCUUAGCGAAAAAGUGAAAUUAUUUUUUCGUUUUUAUGCUAUCAAUCGUCAUAAGGCUACUGUUUUACCACCAGCUUACCAUACUGAGGCUUAUAGUGCUGAUGAUAACCGGUGAGUUGAUCUUUUUCUUCUCUGUUCAUUUGGUCACAGAGUUACUAAAUACCCUUAUCAUUGUGUAUGCGCUUAUCACCCUGUAGAACAGGAGAGAUGUAUCUGGAGUCGCUAGAUCUCUGUUGUGGGAAUGAGCAUAUUUCGCGAGUCAAAUGCAGUAAGACCAGUUAUUUUUGAAGUCUCCCAGAUAACUAAGUGAUAUCUGUAGUCAUAGGAACUUGACUAAGAUGACCAUGGGUAGCAACUAGAUCACAAAACUUCAUAAUUUACAUAUUAUGAAUUCCGUAGAUAUAAUUGCUAAAACCACUAGCUUUUCCUUUCUGACAAUUUAAAGUUUAUCUAGGUUUGGACCUAACAUUAUUGUUGCCAUCAGAGGUAGUUAAAAUCUACAUCGUAGAAUGUUUUAGCAGAACAUGUUUAUAAGGGAUAUCGUUCACUUGGUUUUAUAUCGGCAUCACUAACACUUCUAAGCUGUUUUCUGAGCAAUUGGCAACAUAAUACAGUUCAUUUCAUUUGGAUGUAAACAAUCACACCAGAUACGAAGUUACAUCAUCCGAUGAGAACACAAACCACUCUUGAUUGGGAAAUCUUUUUUAACUACGAGGCAACAAUAAAUUCAGCUAACCAUACUGGAGUAACGGGGAGAACCACAUGAACGGAAACUUUUAAGGAUAAAUAUCAAUAUUUCCAAUUAAUCAUCUGAACCUUGAUGAAACUGUUCCCACCUCACUAUAUAUAAUUGUGUUUAAUUCCGAAGUUCAUGGCUAUUUCAUGAUGUCUAGCCUACAAUAUGAAUUUUAUUACAAUGUUACUGCUUUCAAAGUGCGAGUUCAUACAGUGUUUUCGGACUCAGCCUACGCAUCACCUUUACAUACUUAUAUUUUCUCACAUAGAAACGCAAUUUCGGUAGGUUUCUAAUCAAACACUAAUGGUUAGUUUGGACGUGAACUAAAACUCGAUAUUGUAUUUUCCUCUUAUUAUCUGUCGGCAUAAAUCUCAUGAUGGUGAAACCGCACUAUGGAUUGGAAUCUGUGUACAGAAUCUGUUGUCAAAAUAUCCUAUUUUAAAAGCCACCAUAUUAUACACAUUCACCCUCAUUUCGUUUUCUGUCCUCAUUAUGAACAGAUAGGUAAAUAUGUUUAUUUUCUCUCCACAGCACAUUUUGCUGAAAUGUUUGCAAGAGUGGUCUUUCAAGACCUACCUCGCCAUGUGUUCAAGCACACAUGCAAUUUAAUUUGAUAAAGAGCGGUAUUUAGUGCUGUCAUUCGUGUCCUGUUUGGUUUUGUAAUAAAAAACGGGUUAAAUUUUGUUGGUUAUGCUAAUCUGGUCUACGAAAUGAGUUCUGAUGAUCUCAAACUAACGUCAUAUCCUAACAUAUGGUUUUCCUAUUAGUCAUCUAUGUAAAGAGUUUAGAUUCUAAAAUCCGGCCAAUAAAUCUUGAUAGGUACCCAUUUCAUAUCCGCGUUUUUCUAUCGGUUUGAAUUCAUUUUCAUUCGUAUAUUUUGUCUACAUACGUCUGACUAUUAAAUAGACCCACCAUCAAUCCCCUGUUUGUAAUGAACACAUCAAACAACUAUGAAAAUGCGAUGGGUUUUUUCCAAAGCAGGAAUUUCGUAGAAGGAACGUUUGGUCGAUUCAUCAUCUCCUUUAUUAUUAAGUAUUGAAUGAAAACACAAGCAUGAAGACAUUUUUUCCGUUCUAUAACAUUCUUAUCACUAUAUCCAGUGUUUAAAAUUAGUUAAGACAAUCGGGAUGCCCGAUAACACAGAUCAUUUCCAAACGCUAAAUGAUCGCCAAGCACCGUCUUAUCACACUAAUUCCUGUGUGUAGGAGUAAUAUAAUCAUCAAAACCCUAGAUCAUGAAGUUUUGGUGUGACGAGUAAAACCAGUAGAGACAUACUAAAAGGAUUAAGCUAUUUUCAAGAUGUCAGAAAUUAGGUUGAUUGUGAUGACGAAUUUAGAUGUGCAGCUAUAGACAAUUCGAUCCUUACAUCAUAGAGUAUAUAGCUCAUUAUAAGAAGUUUGUGGGCGUUGUGUUGCGUGGGCAGGGUGCUAUAGUCGUGAGGUUUUCGCUGUCUUCCUAAACAUCAGCAUAUUUAAGCGAGUGGGUCAUCAGAAAUCGAUUCCAAGAGCAAAUCAAAUCAACUAGGUAUAAUUAGUUAUCUGUUCAUUCUGCUUUGUUAAUAAUAAAGCUAUAUUGUAUGUUUACUAAACAUUUUGCAUCAAAUAUCCACGCUGCUCAUUUUAGGUUUGAUUUCCGUCCGUAUUUGUAUCCUAAUGACUGGAAUUGGCAAUUUACUUGUCUAGAUUUACUGGUAAAGAAAUGGACAGAACAAUUCGAGUGACUCUAUUCGGAUCGUUUUAUUUAACGACCUGUUUACUGGAACAUUUUUCUGAUCCUAGUCAACCUAUAUCAUUUAGAAUUAUUUACAUAUUUUUCCACAAUCACACUGCAGAAUUAUUCUUUAGUGUGAUACUUCCAUAAGUUUUCUUAUGUGAUAGUGUAAUUUCUCUGAACAUUCUGUAUCAUAACUUUAUUAAACCUC